CGGGCGGAUGCCACCCGGGACCGGGAUAGUGCUGGAGCCCAAGAGGCCGGGGAGGAAUGGAGACCGGAGGGGGCGGAGAUGGAACCGGGGACAUUUGCUGUCUGUCCUACAACCAGGACUGCACGUCCGUGGCUAUUGGCAUGAGGUCUGGCUACAAACUCUACUCUCUAAGCAAUGUUGAGCGGCUGGAUCUUGUGCACGAGAGCUGUGAGGCGAAGGAUGUUUACAUCGUGGAACGCCUUUUCUCCAGCAGUCUGGUGGUAGUGGUGAGUCAUGCCAAACCACGCCAGAUGAACGUGCUCCACUUCAAGAAAGGCACAGAAAUCUGCAACUAUAACUACUCUGACAAUAUCUUAUCCAUCAGGCUGAACCGCCAAAGGCUGAUUGUAUGUUUGGAAGAAUCAAUCUACAUUCAUAAUAUUAAGGACAUGAAACUGCUAAAGACUUUGCUAGACACCCCACGGAACCCACAUGGCCUCUGUACUCUGUCUAUAAACCAUUCCAACUCCUACCUGGCGUAUCCCGGCAGCUCCUCCACAGGAGAAGUCUCCUUGUACGAUGCCAACUGUUUGAAAUGUGAGUGCACUAUCCCAGCCCAUGACAGCCCACUUGCUGCUAUUGCCUUCAACUCUACGGGAACAAAACUGGCCAGUGCUUCAGAGAAAGGUACAGUCAUUCGCGUCUUUUCCAUUCCUGAUGGGCAGAAGCUUUAUGAGUUCCGCAGAGGAAUGAAGAGAUAUGUGAACAUUAGCUCUUUAGUAUUCAGUAUGGAUUCCCAGUUCCUCUGCGCCUCCAGCAACACAGAGACUGUCCAUGUCUUCAAACUGGAACAACUGCCAGAGAGGUCAGAAGAGAAUGCCUCCUGGACGGGCUAUAUGGGAAAGAUGUUUAUGGCUGCUUCAAACUACCUCCCAACACAAGUAUCUGACAUGAUGAACCAGGAUCGCGCCUUUGCCACAGUCCGUCUAAAUUUUUCAGGACAGAAAAACGCAUGCACCUUGGUCACAAUUCAGAAGCUGCCUCGGCUCCUGGUGACCUCGUCCAGCGGCCAUCUUUAUGUGUAUAACCUGGAUCCCCAGGAUGGGGGCGAGUGCGUUCUUAUCAAGAAACACAGCCUGUUGGGUUCAGCAAAGUCGGAGACAGAUGGAGACAGUGACGCUGAGAGCCCUGUACCAGUUUCCUAUGCUGCUACUGUGGCCAGGCCCAGCUCUGCCCCUGCUCUAUCCACCAUAACAGGUUACUCUGAAGACGGGGGCACCCUGCGAGGAGAGGUUAUUCCGGAACACGAACUGGCGGUUGGACCCGUUUGCCUAGACGAUGAGAAAGAAUUCCCACCUGUGAGCAUUAAGAACCCCUAAACCCAUAGCAGAUCUGGGUUAAUGGGUCAGAGGGGAAACCAAGUACUGUUUAAUUCUAAGGGACAAUCAGCUGAGGUUUGGUGACUGCUAUUCAUGUGGAUUUGGUACUGUUGUAUGCUUGAUAGAAAUAGUGGCUUUUGUUUCUAGUAAGUGAUACAAGGUCCGAACCUAGUUCCACCUGAGUGCUGUCCGAGAACCAUGUGGUUUUAUUCUAUCUGUAUCUGCCAGUUAUGGCUGCUGGUGUUAGCUGCCCUUACAGCAGCCAUAUUGGCUUUAGCCUGGAAUAAUAUCACACAGCAGUGAUGUAAUAUUAGGUGCCUUGCGGAUUUUUAUUCCAAACAGUGUUACACCCAGUGGAAGUAGUGCAGAGAAUAAGCACAAAGAAGUUCCAUCUUUUUUUUUUUAUCAUUUUAUAGAUUUUAUUGAUCACCAAGCAGCCAUUUUUAUUCCCACACGAGAUUUAUAUGUGGCAACUAUUCCCUAUUACACACGAUGAGCUAUAUAGAAACUGCACACCCUGGUGACCAGGUUACAUUUCCUUACAACACUUUUUUUUAUAAUAAUAUGCAUGCUGCCAUCUUGAAUUUUUUUUUAGGCUGGCACACAGGUCUUACAUUUUAAAUGUAAAAGUUACAAAUGUGUGUGUAUAUUAUAUAUAUAUAUAUAUAUAUAUAUAUAUAUGUGUAUGAGAGCUGCCAUGUUGCUUCCCAGACCCAGGGGGACAUUUAAUUUGCGAAGAGUACAUUUUUCCUUCUGUACUUAAAUGCCCGUAACCGUCUGCUAGAAUAGUGGGGUUAUUCCUGGUAUAUAUUAAAUGUAUAUCUGUGGCAUUCCAUUUCCACUCCUAUCAUCCUUAGCUAGCUACCUGGGGGGGGCACUUUUGGGUCAUGAAUUUUGCAACACAGAAGGGUGGGAUUAAUUCUCCUUUAACCAUGUCAUGCUCUUUCGUACCAAUGCCUGUCCGUAUGAUUUUGCAGCCAUAUUGGAGCACAAUGCCUUGUUACCCCUAAUGCUUCCUUGCGUACAGUCGCAUUUAUAACACACCCUGCCGGCCGCCCUGGAGAGUAAGCUGCUGUGUUGGUUUCUGAUUUUUGGUAGAUAAGUUUGUGCCGUGGAAGUCAGAAGGUGAGCGAUGGAAGGCCGUGACCAGAAGCAGGAGGGGGUUUGGGACAGAGGUCGGAAGAUCGGCUCGUCUAACUCAAAACAAACAAUUCCUAAAUUCAGUAGGUGCUGCAUUCUAUGUAUUGCUAUCCCCACGUGGCUGCACCCCCAUAGACAGCCUUAUACCUCCUUUUUAUUUAGUCAAGGAAGGGUGUGCUAUAAAUGGGACUGUAUUGCGCAUACGGAUACAGACGCGCCACCGUGCAGACUCACUCAUAUAGUAUUUUUUAUUUAUCCCUUUUUUAUAUAAAGUGGUAUUUGCCUAAUUUAUGCAAAUUUUAUUUAUACAAAUGUCCGUGUAUUGGAAGCUCCAAAUAUCUAAUUUUAUGUAUUAUUCCUGUUCAUAGAGCAAUAUAUUCGCAUUGUACCCUGCAAGUUACUCGUGUGCAGAACAAAACUAAAAAAAAAACAUGUAGAUGAAGAAUAAAACCCUGCAAUGAA